AUGAAGGGAGGAAGUUCAGUGUCCAGUUUCGAAAUUGAUGGACUGAUGAAGGCUUGUGAGGCACGAAUGGUGAGCAAGAUGUCUGAGUUGAGGAUAAAUUCUUUCAAUUCCAAACAUGUGGGAGCUGUGAAAGAAUUAACGAAUGUUCAAAAGGAAAGACAUACUCUGUUCGUUAUGGAUGUGAAGAAGGUGAGAGAAGAUGUAAAUCUGAAACUUCAAGAGCUUCGUGAUGACAUGGUUCGUGAAGUAACAGUUGUUCAGAAUGACUAUGCCACUUUGCAUAAGAAAGUUGAUAUCAUUUGUGAUGCUGUCACGAAUUAG